CACUAUAAAUAAAUAUCGAUGGAUUGUGGACAUUCCGCAAAAUUUUCGCCAAAAAAUAUUGUGGACAUUGAGUGGACUGUGUUUGCUUUUAUUUUAAUUUUCGCAGCUGACCACUUGCAUUUAAAAAAAGGAAGGAAAUCCAAAAUUAGCCAAAAGGAUUUCCUCGAAGAUAAGAUAUAACAAAGAUUAAUUCUUGAAACGAAGAAGAGAUGCCAGAUGCCGAGCAAUUACCCGAGGGCUGGGAGAAGCGUACCAGCCGAUCCACAGGCAUGAGCUACUAUCUGAACGUGCACACAAAGGAGUCCCAGUGGGAUCAGCCCACCGAGCCGGCCAAGAAAGCCGGGGCUUCUAGCGGCGGUGGCGCCAGCGGUGGCGGCUCUGGAGGUGAUGCCCCGGACGAGGUGCAAUGCCUCCAUCUGCUGGUGAAGCACAAGGGCAGCCGGCGUCCAAGUUCGUGGCGCGAGGAGAACAUCACCCGCACCAAGGAGGAGGCGCAACUGCUGCUAGAGGUCUAUCGCAACAAGAUCGUCCAAGGCGAGGCCACCUUCGACGAGCUGGCGCGCUCCUACUCCGACUGCAGUUCCGCCAAGCGGGGCGGCGACCUCGGCACCUUCGGCAGGGGUCAGAUGCAGCCGCCGUUCGAGAAGGCCGCCUUCGGGCUGAACGUCGGCCAGUUGUCGGGGAUUGUGGACACCGACUCCGGUCUGCACAUCAUCCUGCGCAAAUCGUAAACAGAACUCGCAAAGAAUAAACCUAACUUACAGCCAUUUCUGAAUAUAUAA